AUGUCUCGACUAAGCCAAAAAGUAAUCAUAAUAACCGGAUCAUCAUCUGGACUCGGUCGAGCUAUCGCCCUCUCAUGCGCUCGAGAAGGAUGUAAACUGGUCGUCUGUGCUGAUUUGAUACCUUUUCCAACAAGAGUUACAGCUCAGAAUACCUCGAUUGAAAAAGAUUCCACAGAUACUAAGAUUGAUCUAUCACUAUAUGACGAUGAUAAGCUCAAAAAGGGCAAUAUGGAAUACACUCAUGAUCUGAUUUGCGCGGAGUAUGGAGAGGCAAAGGCGGUUUUUGUCAAAUGUGAUGUUACUGUGGAAGAAGAAGUGGAAAAUGUUGUGAAAGUGGCAGUAGAAAAGGGAGGUCGAUUGGAUGUGAUAAUCAACAAUGCAGGUACAGGAUCCGAUGGAUGUUUAAUGCACGAUCUUCCAAGUGAGAGAUUCGAGCAGAUAAUGAAACUCAACACCCAAGGUCCAUUCAACGGCUGCAAAUACGCUCUUGCUCAAUUCCUCAAGCAAAAUAUCGACAAUCACGGCCACAGAGGUCAUAUCGUGAAUAUUUCCAGUGCGGCAGGAUUGGCAGGAGUACGAUAUGCAGCUGCAUACUCGGCAUCAAAAGCAGCGGUUGUGGGAAUGACGAAGUCUCUUGCUAUUGACUAUGCGGAGAGUAAGAUUAUUGUUAAUGCUUUGUGUCCUGGAUUCUUCAACAGCGCCAUGACUCAACACCUCUUCUCCAACGAUAUAGCAACCAGCUACAUGAAAUCCGUAACACCGUACUGGAAGAAUGAGGGUGGUAAUAUCGAGGAUAUCGCCAAGGCGGCGCUGUUCUUAGCUAGUGAGGAUGCGGCGUGGAUUACAGGAACUGCAUUGGCUGUCGAUGGAGGAUUUUCUGCUUAG